UGAGGCGCGUGCGCGCCGGUUCCGGCCGCGUCAGCGCCGACAUGGCGGCCGCCGGCCACGACAAGCUGUCGGUGCUGCUGCCCACCUACAACGAGCGGGAGAACCUGCCCCUCGUCGUCUGGCUUCUGGUGCGCACCUUCCAGGAGAGUGGAAACAACUUUGAAAUUAUCAUCAUAGAUGAUGGAAGCCCAGAUGGGACACAGGAAGUUGCUGAACAGUUGGAAAAGAUAUAUGGAUCAGAUAAAAUACUUCUAAGACCCAGAGCAAGGAAGUUGGGCCUCGGCACUGCUUAUAUUCAUGGAAUGAAGCAUGCCACUGGGAAUUUUAUUGUUAUUAUGGAUGCUGACCUCUCUCACCACCCAAAAUUUAUUCCAGAGUUUAUCAGAAAGCAAAAAGAAGGCAAUUUUGAUAUUGUGUCUGGAACAAGAUAUAAAGGAAAUGGAGGAGUGUAUGGCUGGGAUUUGAAAAGAAAAUUGAUCAGUCGCGGUGCCAAUUUUAUAACUCAGGUUUUGCUGAGACCAGGUGCAUCAGACUUAACAGGGAGCUUCAGGUUAUACAGGAAAGAAGUCUUACAGAAACUAAUGGAGAAAUGCGUUUCUAAGGGAUAUGUCUUCCAGAUGGAGAUGAUUGUUCGGGCUAGACAGUUAGGAUAUACUAUUGGAGAGGUUCCUAUUUCAUUUGUGGACCGUGUCUAUGGAGAAUCUAAACUUGGAGGCAAUGAAAUAGUCUCCUUCUUAAAGGGGCUCUUGACCUUGUUUGCUACAACGUGAUAGUUUAUCCUAAAUUAACUUUUUUAGAAAAACAUUUUCUGACAUCUGUGUGGCUUUUAAUAUAUAACAGCAGAAGCUUGAUAAUUUGUGUGGUGACCAGAAGACCUGCUAUAAACUAACAACGGAAUGAACCACCAAUAAUAAACUAAAUAUAUUGUAUGCCAGAAUGCUACUUUCCAAAAUAAAGGAAUUGUAUGUUAAACUAAAAACUAAUAAAGACUAAUGCUCCAUUCUAUUUUUGUAAAAAUAAUGAAGUCUUAAUAAAGAACACAAAGCUAUUUAGAAAUGAAUUGUUCAGCAGAACCUAAAGAUGGUUUUGUAAUAAAGACAAGCAAGGACAUGAAAAAUGAUAGAGCUUCUUAUCUUUGUUCUGUGGUUUGCAGAUAGUAUUUUAAAUAUAUACCAAUUAGUUCCUUUCUUUCCUCAGCACAUAUAUAAAUGUAUCUUAAAGCAGAUAUAUAGAGCAGUUUCCACAGAACUGAUAUUGGCUUAUGUACUUUAAGAGGAAAUACAGAUGAGUACAGUGAUUUUUUUCUUUGUAAAACUCUUCCUAGACUGGAAAUAAGGAAUAUUCUUUGGAUAAGUGAGUCAUAAAUGUGAAAUAGUUUUGUAUUGCCUGUGUUUGUCCAGAAGCAGAUGUUUGCUUUUUCCUAUUUGCUAUAAAAACUAAUCAUUUUUAGAAUCUAUAAAAGAGGAGUGUGACACCUCACCCAGCUUUAGGGUAAGUGAAGACCAAAUUCACCUCACUGAAGAUAUUUGAGAAGUUUUUCUUAUGCCAAACAAUAAUUUGCAAUGUAAAAUAUGUAUUUGUUCCAGGCCUUUGUGAAUAAAACAGAGUAAUACUA